AUGGCAUUCAAAUUCAUUGUAUUCUCAGCACUUUUGGCCGUCGCCAACGCCGGCGUUUUGCACCAUCCCGUCAGCUAUGCGCAUGUUGUCAAUCCCGCUGUGGAUGCCGUCGCCGCGACACACCAAAACGUGGUGCGCUCCUUCGGCGGUACUGUCUCCCAGUACUCGAAGAACAUUGAAACCCCCUAUUCCAGCGUACACAAGUCGGAUACUCGCAUCAGCAACAACGUCUACACACCAGCCGUCGCUAAGACUGUCACCUAUGCUGCACCGGCUGUGACGAAGACCUUCGUGAGCGCACCCUCGCAAACCGUUUAUGAACACCAUGAAGCCGCACCUGCCGUGUAUGAACACGCCGAACCCGCACCAACCGCUGCUGUUUAUACCCAUGCCGCUCCAGUGGCCAAAACGGUGACUUAUGCCGCGCCCGCUAUUGCCAAAACCGUGACUUAUGCCGCACCAGCUGUGGCCAAAACCGUCAGCUAUGCGGCUCCCGUUCACCAGCUGUAUCAUCAUGAGGCUCCUGUCACCAAAACCGUGAGCUACGCUGCGCCAGCUCAGGUUUACCAGCAUGAAGCUGCUCCAGUGGCCACCACCACCUACAACCAUGGUCCAGCUGCCACCACUUACACCCACAAUUCACCAUCGGUCGCCGCUUAUGGUUCCAGCCAAACUGUGCACUACUCACCCGCCGAGAUGGUCUCGCACAUGAGCUUCGAUGGUUUCGGCACACACUGGGGAUUCUAA